UUCAUUACAUAUCAUGUUCAUUUGUUUCAGAGAAUAGUAGUUGUUCUAUCAGAUCUGAAACUCCUUCUUUUAUGGUUGCCAUGAAGGAUUCAAACGUGUAUGGAUAUGUGUUGGUCAUUCCGUCCGUCUUUGUUAAAAAGUAUUUGAAGGAAAUGGCAACACAAGAUAUCCUCCUCCAAGUCUUAGAUGGGAGAACUUGGCAAAUGACAUUAAAGCAUGGCAGAAUUAUCAAGGGAUGGAGGGCUUUUGCAUCAAAUAACGAUUUGAAUGUUGGGGAUGUUUGCAUUUUUGAGCUAACCGAUAGCCAAACUCCAUGUUUUAAAGUGUCAAUAAUUCCAAUUUCACAAGGUAGAGAAGAUGUUGACCUUACGAAAAUCCGAGGCUUGAAAUGUAUUAAUACUUUUCCCAUCAAUGCUAUGCUAGAAGCAGAAAAUUUCGCAUCCGAAAAUCCCUUUUUCGCCCUCCAUAUAAGGGCAAAUGAUAGGGGAGAUUGCAGACCGCGUGUACCACUUGAUUUUGUGGAACAAUACUUCAACAAGAAACAGGUUGUGAUGUUACAAUUUAGGAAUAAAUUAUGGCGGGUAAAACUGAUCGGUGAUGUUCCAACAAAGCUGUCUAAAGGUUGGGGCCCAUUUGCGAAAGCAUGUAAGUUGCAAAAUGGAAACGUUUGCGUCUUUGAGUUAAUAAACAAAGAAGAUUUAGUGUUUGAUGUUCAUAUUUUUAGGGGACAAUCUUAGAGAAUUCAUUUUAAGCAUUUAUUGUAAAAUUGUCCAUUCACUGUAACUUUUAUUCCUCAAACUUAAAUAGUGCUAUGAAUAUGUGAACUUUCGUAUUUUUGGUACAGUGCUAUGAAUAAUCUUAGA